AACAACAGCGUCUUCAGCCAGGAGUAGAGCUUCAGGAAUAAAGCUUCAAAGUUUCAGGAACAGAGCUUCAGAGCUUCAGGAGCAGAGCUUCAGAGUUUUGCCUCCUUUACAGUGCGACGGCAGCGACGACAUUCUCCAAUUUGGAGCUGUUCGACCUUUUCCCUUUUUAGAGCAAUUUUGGGGUAGUUUCACCUUGACUCUUCAUUGUCACCAUUGCUGCAGCAUCCUACAUGGCUCCAAAUCGAAGACCUACUUCCGAGAUGAUUUCUACCGUUACAGUGUUGAAAGGUGAUUGGAUUGUUGAUUCGUCCAACCCUGAAGAGGCAGGGCAAUUCUUGCACUUCCCGUCAACUCACAUACAAUCUUCUUCUUCAUCAGAGGCUAAAGAGCUUCAACUUAUGGUGCUUGAGUCAACCAGUGGUCCCUAUGCCAUCGAAGGACUUUCUCACCUACCUGCAUUAGAGAUGCCCAAGUUGUGUGAAUAUGUGACCUCGGAAGGAAAAGCUUCAUCAACAGCAAGCCAUGCUGGAUCUCUCCCCUCCUUGGUGCUUCCAUCCAAUCAUGUGACUAAACAUGCGACACCAAAAGCAGUCGUAACACAGUCGAUUGGUCGAGGAGCAAGUAAAUGGUGUCAAUCCAUUGAUCAUUUGGGAAAGAUACCAUUCCUAAGUGGCUUCUGGGAUUGGUCAAACUACACAGCCAAGAUGGUAAGUCGUUACAAGAUGGGAGCUUUAGCAGAUGCAGUGUCAUUGGCCAAUAAUGACUAUUGUUGUCUUUCGAGUAUGCUUCGUGCCCUUAUUGAGGUAUGGUCUCCCAGUACAAAUACCUUUUUAACCUCUGCAGGAGAGGUUGGAAUUUCUCUCCUGGAGAUGCGAGAUAUUUCUGGCUUGUCAAUUCGAGGAGCAUAUUAUGAGGAGAAUUCUGAGCGUGUAACUUACGCUGAUUGGCUCGACUUCUGGUAUAAUCGUAACCCACCCUAUGCUGAUCCAUUCAAGAGCAAACGAUAUCUAGAUAUGUCCGAGUUGAAGUAUGAUGGCAAUGGAAAUGUGAUUUUAGUUCCUAAACUUGACCGCCCAUUGAAAUGGACAUUUGGACAUGAGAGGAAACUAAGGGGUGUACCAGAACAAUGGGAUCGACUUGGCAUGUUGGAUGUUACUUUGGAGGUAAAUGAUAGAGAAAAACUUUUGGUUGCUGCUUAUCUUUGUGUUUGGCUUGGCAGAUUUGUUUUUCCAGAUGGGGAGGAAUUUGUUAGAGUCGGAACUUUCAAAGCUGCAGCCCAAAUGGCAAUCGGUGUUACCUAUAGCUUGGUUCCUCCUAUCUUGGCAUGCAUUUAUCGUGGACUUGGACAACUGACAAAAGUACCUAAAGGUUCAUGGCCAGAUAUGAAGCUUCUCUACCUAUGUGCCUUUACCAGUCCACCCUGGACCUCGAGUGAUGAUGGACAACGACGGGCUGACACUUUAGAUUUCAUGGUGAGCAUCAGAGCAGGUUAUGUGGUGCUUUGCCAAGAAGGCCGCUUCACAAAGAAGUCUUACAAUUCUCACCGAUUUGCUAGACAACAUGGAUUUCAACAAAGACUUCCAGGAAGACAUGUCAAAUGGCCUCACGGUGGUGAAGUGUCAGAUCUUUAUCGCUUUUGGUUAUCUUUAACCCGAGUACAUAGCAACACAUUUCUUCACAUCCCCUCAGUUGAAGGUGGAGUAGCAUCUAGGGUUGACCUAGCUUAUGUGAAGUGGUGGAAUGAAGAAGUUUUUCCUUCAAUUUCUACAGUGAGCAUCCAAUUCUUGAAGGCUAGCGAGGCAAGAAAUUUCAUCCCAUUCUUAAUGAAGAGUGUAGUAAUCAGACCUCAAGGGAAGGGGAAACAGCUUCAAGCACUAUUGUCUCCUUCUCAGAAGCAAAAUAAUGCUAGAGACCCUAGUUCAUCUUUAAAGAAGCAGAAAUGCAACAGAAGUCCUCAAAGAGAGCCAGACUCUUUACAACAUUCACUUUCUACGCCUGUUGCCCGGCAAACCUCCCGUCAAGCUUUGUACGAAGAAUUAAGAGGAUUGCCAGGAGAUGAAGAGAUGAUUGGUGCUUUAGAUGAUUUUCUUGAGACAGACACUCUUGAGAUACUUGGAUCACUUCUAAGUCAAAUUGAUGGAGGAGUUCUAUCCUUAAAUGUUGGUGAACAAGUAAUUGCCGAAGAUGGGGAAGUUGACUGUCAUGACAAACAACCAAGUGUGAAGGAAACCGUUGGACUUAACCCUCCUGCCAUGACAUCAUCUAAUCCACUGAAACUUAAGCCUACAUUCUCCUGCAUCACAAAGCCUUUGGAACCAAUUAGCUCUCAAGCACUGUGGUGGGCAGAACGAUCUUCUGCAAUUUCAGAAGCACUCCAACUCUAUUUCCGCAUGGAUGUUGAACCUUUACUCAAGACGAUGGAUACUUACCUAUCUAAGGUAAAUCUUUACUUAGCAAAACGAGAUGAGGUCUCCACCAGCUUGGAUGUUGAAGAAAAAGAUAAAUCUCUUGCUGCCUUACAGAAGGGCAUAUCAUCAAAUCAGAUCGUCCAUGACUCUCUUUCAAAGGAAAUCAAUGAACUCACCAAGAAGAAGGGAUCCUUAGAGAUUGCUGAAGUGGAGAGGAUGCGACAAGACCUUGAAAUUGAGUUUGAAGCCAUUGCAAAGGGAACUUGGUUUGAAAACAACAUGUGAUGUUGUUCAUUUUGUAUUCUUUCCCUUUUUUUAGACUUUGAGCAUUCCUUUUCAAAGACUUGUCAAAUUUUGGCUUUAGCCACUUUGUGAAUAAAUAAGAUACAUUUUCUUCACUUUUGUUGUUCUCUUUGCUUUGCUUUCUUUGCUUGACAUAGACAUUUCUCCCUUUGUUGGAAAACUUGAAAUGAACCAUAAUCAAAAGCGAACUUAAAU